AUGGGUGCUUGUGUUGGGAAAAGUAAUCAAACGAAAUAUUGCAUAUACGUCAAAGCUAAAAUAUGGGAAAAGGACACUCCUAAUCUCUUUGAUUUUGAGACAGACUAGAUAAUAAAGCGUAACUUUGUGCUAAAAGAAAAAGAUUAAGUUGUCGCAUAUGAUUAAGAGCUUAUUCCACUUUCCUAAUCUGAAUAAAUAAAAAAUCAAGUAUAAAUAUUUGAUAUUAGAAUGGAAAACGGAUCUUAUUCUCUUAAAGCUUUUAACAGUAGUCCUGAUUUUACUCUAUGGAGAGUAAUUAGAGACGAGCCUUCUACAUUUAAUUAACCGACAUGGAAUGUCAAAAAAGGAGAUACCAUUAAACUAGGAAGAAUUUUGUUGAAAAUUGAAGAUUUUUCUCACACAGGAAAUUUAUCUUAGAACUAAGACCUAUUAAAAAAAGAGGAUGAUGAUGCUGAAUAAGGAAUCAAAGCAACUGAUUAGAGCCAGAAUAUGGAUGACAGAUAAUUUUAAUGUAAAAUAUGCUUAGCUGAAACAGCCACAACAGAAAAUCCUCUUUUAAGUGCUUGUGGAUGUUAAGGAUCGCUUAAAUAUUGUCACUUGGCAUGUUUAAAGUAGUGGGUUUCUUCAUUAGGCAAAACAAAAAUGAUGGGAAACACAAAAGUAUUUGUUUAUAAAAAGCUUAUUUGCGAACUAUGUAAAUGUGAAUAUAAAACUUCUUUCAAAUAUUAAAACUUUGAAUAUAAUUUACUUGAACUAAAGAAAUCUUCAAAUCCUUACGUUGUUCUUCGCUAGAUUAAUCCAAAUUCUAAGGAUCAUUACUUCUAUAUGGUUGAUCUAGUGAAUAAUAGUUCUUGUGAAAUAGGAAGAAUAUUUGAUUGUCAUAUCAGAUUAAAUGAUAUCUCAGUUUCAAGAAAUCAUGCUUCUCUAACUUUAUAAGGAGACAAGCUCGUUCUCAAAGAUAAUAAAUCUAAAUUUGGAACUUUGGUUUAAAUAAAUGAUAAACUAGAUUUGCAGAAUCUAAAAGAUAAAAAAAUUGUACUUUAAACAGGAAAAGCUAUCCUGGUAUUAGAAGUUGUUAAAAAAUCAUCAAUUAAAAGCGAAUAAAUCUCUCCAAUUCCAGCUCACAUUGAAAUAUGUAGAGUAAUAAACGAACAUAAUUAUUUAAGUGGCUAAAUUUAAAAAUACUAGUAAGAUAAAAAUGAAGAGAAAGAUGUAGCUGAGGAAAUAGAAAAUAAUGAUGUUAUAAUUUACGAUAUGGUUGAUAAUUAAUAAUUGUAAUAAGAUAUUUAUUCUAUAGGAAAAGAAAAGAAAUUCAAAAAUCAAAUUUUUAAUCAAUAUAAUAAUAAUAACAAUAACAACAGUCUACCUCAAGCGUAAUUCUAAAGCUUCACUUAUCACCAAAACUCUUAGAAUAUAAACAUAGAAAAUUAAAACAAUUAGUAACAACCAAGAUAAAUAGGAAUUACUGAUAUUAGAAUCGAUUACGAGUGA